AUGGCGUCAGAUAAUGAUUAUGAUAUAUUUGAUUAUAAUUCAAAUCAAGAUUCUUUUGACAUCGAUUAUCAAAUUGAUCUAUUUGAGCUUGGUCAAUGUUUAAAAUCGAGAAAAAGUAAACGAAAACUCAAGAAGUCUUCACAUUCAAUCUCAUUGAAAGCUCUCAAAUCCCAACCAAAACCAGUUAAAGUGAGUUAUCAUCCUAAUAUUGGUACAAGUGAUAUUCGUCUUGCACCAAUAGACCAAUCUGUUCAAAAAGAUUUUAUGAAAACGUUAAAUGAAAAUAUUUCUUAUUCACCAGAUUUAAUUUAUCAUGGUACAAAAUCAGAUAAUAUCAAAAGUAUUCUUCGUUAUGGGUUUUUGAUACCAAGUCAAGCUCAUCCAUCUGAUAGCCGAGCACCUAUUAUUGCUUCAGCAAAUGGUCAAGCGUUUGGUAGUGGAAUUUAUUCAAGUCAUUCAGCUGUUUAUUCAUUAACAUAUGUCAAUGCUACCAAUACUCUUUUAGUAUGUGCAGCGAUACCAAAACGGGAUAGUGUUGGAAAUAUUAAACGAUCUCAUAGUAGUAUAUUAGUUGUAUCCCAUGGAUCAUAA